UCAAGGAUGGAUGGGCACUGCACUCCACGUGCAGUGCCAGCCUCUGGAGAGAGCUUAUGCGAGGAUGAGACGUGCACCGGGUGCCUGCGGAAAGGCUCCGAGUGUGGGUGGUGCUCCCAUGAGCCAUGCAGGAGGCCAGGUGGACGUUGUGGACCGGUCUGGCGGUUGCUGGCGGAGGGUUGCGCGUCGCAGCACAUCAGGACAGCCGGCGCGUGCGUCUACACGGAGGACCCGUCGGACCCCUGGGGGCCUCUGUCACCUCACCGCGCCGCCGUGUGGCUCCGGCCAGGUGACACGGCGAGCGUGCAGCUGCUGGUGAGACGGAAUUUGGGGCCACCGCCAGCACUGGACGUUUACUACCUCAUGGACGCCUCGGCCUCCAUGCUACCGCACUUUCGGGCGGCCAAGGACCUGGGUUCCCUGUUGGCUCGGGUCCUGGGAGACGCAGCUCCAAGGACUGGGCCCCCUGGAGGUGGUGCGGGCAUUCGUCGAGCGGACCACGUGCUGCACCUGGGGUUUGGGGCCUUUGUGGACAAGCCCUUGAGCCCCUUUGCCAGCAGCCUGCCUGAGCGCCGUCUAAACCCUUGCUGGUGCGUCAGGUCCUAA